AUUGUGUGUCUAAUAGUCGUGUGGAAAACAUUAUUUUUCUCUUCGUCAGUCGGGUAAAAACCAAAGUGAGGAAAGAUCACGAUGUCUCUGGAAAUAUCUUACAAACGCAUACUAAGAGGGCCGUGCAUGAAAUUAGCAUUUUCAUUGAUAUAUAAAUCAGAACAACCACUGAGUAUCCCUCAAGUCGGUCAAGGGCAGUUCGACAUUGACGAUUUGGUCGAUAUACGGCUACAAUUCGACCAGAAAAUACCAGCAACCAAACCAACUACUACCUAUAGUACCAAGCCACCGUUGCCGGUCACCGUAAACAUUUCCACAAAGAAAACCGACAGGGGAAAGGAUGUCACGGUCAAGUUCAAAGUAUUGUGCACUAAAACGAAAAUUGUUAAACAAUUCAUUUGCACCGACACUUGGACGGAUUGGGUCGAACUGGGGAAAGGCCAACUCACAUUCAAGGAUCCUUGUUAUACAUUAGAUGAUAUUGAAGUGCUUUUUACGGUGACUAAAUCGGGAGCUGUGUCAUUCGCUGACCUGUACGAUGAUACGGAUAUAAUAGAUUUUAAUCUGUCAUUGGAAGACAAUAAAGUACCGGUACAUAAGGCAUGUUUAGCGGCGCAUAGCAACAAGUUUAAGAAUAUGUUUACGUCGGUGUGGAAGGACAUUAAUGAAGGAUGCGUUGAGAUUAAGGGAGCGACACACCAAACUCUACAAUACAUAAAGGAUUACAUGUAUCUAGGAAGGCUACCCGACGUGGACGUCCGUCCAAUGCUACUCUUCGCUAUCCAAUACUCCAUGUCCAACUUAAAGGCGGACUGUAUUACAAAACUUGUUGAAACUGUGGAGUUCUACAGUCUGUAUAGUCUUCUGGAGUUUGCCUGUGAGAAUAACAUACCUGAGUUGACGUUUGCUCUGAUGCUGCACACUUCGGCUGAGAUGGUGCAUAAUGCUUAUGAGAUGAAAAAGAAUCCGCCUUUGGAAGAACCAUUGCCAGAUGCGUAGUCUAAUUUAAAUAUCUAUAAAAUCUUAAAUUGAUUCCGUCUGAAAAGGGUCCGUAUGCUCCAACGCCCUUAUCGAAUGACGGCGGUCAAAAGGAUUGAAUUAUUAUUUCGUCUUCUUUAUUAUAAUUAUUAUAUUAAGAAUUAACAAUUAUAUUCGAACGUACAUUAGCAUUAUAAUAUAAUAUAUUCAUACUAUACAUAUAUGAUUAAUUGAUAAUAUUAAUAUUACCUAUUAAUAAUAAAUAAAUACAAACAAUAUGUCUUAUUCACGAUAUAAUAACGUGCUAGUCAAUCAGU